CGGGCGGGCCAGACUGCACUGGGCAGAGAACGCGAACCAUGGAGAGAGCGCGGGACUACGCGGGAGCCUUGCUCAGGCGAGUGCCACCCGCCGCGGGGCUUGGGUCCACGGAGCGCUUAACGGUGGCGGGUGCGCAGGGCGAGGCGGACUAGCGUCCAGGCGACGCCCCUGGUGUGCGGGUUAUGGGACAGAGCCAGCAGGGGUCCCGCUCUAGCCAGGCAUCUGCUAGCCCGACACCGCGCGGAGGCCUCAGCACGCGGGUUCCCGAGCUCAGACCGGAUUGGAAAGGGGCUGUGUAGACGCCUGGGUCCGACCCCCAACGGCCAGAAAGGUGGCCCUCGCCCGGUCCUUACACGCGCAUGGACACACGCGCACACACGCACUUGCAUCACAGUCCUGGCAGUGGGAAAGGCGACAGAGACGUCACAGCAGGGACUCCAGAUGUCUACACAGAAAUGGAGCCAAGGGUCACCUCUGGUGCAAGGCGCAGCUGGCCUCUCACCAGAUUUCUUCAUUCCACCUGUGACCAGGCCGCCGCUUUCAGCCGAGCAUCCUCUGCUCCUGCUGCUGCUUCUGCAGCUCUCCCAAACUCUUAGCCUGGCGCCCCGGGCCAAUUCUAGGCUCUCUGGACUUUUCUUCCUCUCUCCCAGCGCUGCCCACCCCAGCCCCACCAUCUGAAGCUGUCUCACUGGCCACACCCACUCCCCUUCUCCAGGCCUCCACGAGGUCCAGGUCCGAGGAGAAGGUGGGCUGUACUCCCCAGCAGGAGACCUCAGGCCAGCUCUGGCUCCUUCAGAACCCGGCCCUGCCUGGCUGUUACCCCAGUCCACUCAAGCCAGUGUGCUGGGCACAUCUCUAGGUCAAGUGUGACCUCGGAGUGCCGGCUGAGGAACCGCUGGCGAAUCACAGCACAGGCGAAAGCUCUCCUGAGACACAGUUCCGGCCUGGCCCAGAAGUCACCUCUGUUGGGAUGGCUGUGGCCACAGAUCUUGGAGGAUCUGCCUGCUUCUGGCUGAGCUGCUGCAGUUCUUAGGACUCUACCAGGAAGAAAACAGCCUGGCACAGUGAAGAGGAAGGCCUCACCCUCUUCCUCACCCGCUAAACCCUGUCCCAGCUGGAGAGCUGCAGGUCAGGCACUGCUGUCUGCUAAUGACAGUCUGGCCAAACUCCUGCCUCCCGGGUGUGCUUACUUUAAACCGCCUGGUGUGGCAUGCUACAGCUGCCGUUUGCUGGCCCCUGACCUUCGUGGGCUCCCAGACCAGGAAGGUCCUUCUCACGCCCCUCAUGCAGCCCCCGCGCCCCUUCCGAGUCUCCAACUCCGACCGCAGCAGCCGCCGCGGGGUGAUGGCCAGCAGCCUGCAGGAGCUGCUCACCAAGGCCCUGGACGCACUGGUCAUCACAGCGGGGCUGGUCACACUGGUGCUGGAGGAGGAUGGCACCGUGGUGGACACGGAAGAAUUCUUCCAGACCCUGGGUGACAACACACACUUCAUGCUCCUGGAGGAUGGGCAGAAAUGGACACCGGCCAGCAGGUACACGCCGGCCCGGCAACCACAGCGGUCGGGCAUCGCCAGAGUCACCCUGGACCUAUACCGGCUGCACCCCAAGGAUUUCCUGGGCUGCCUCAACGUCAAGGCCACGCUGUACGAGAUGUACUCCGUGUCCUACGACAUCCGCUGCACCGGGUUCAAGGCUGUGCUGAGGAGCUUGCUGCGCCUGCUGUCCUAUGCCGCCCAGGUGACCGGCCAGCUCCUCCUCUACUCCGGGGCCUAUGUGCUGCGUGUGCUGGAUGACUCAGAGAAGCCGCCAUCCCUCAAGGCGCGGCCGUGGAGCUGGUUCCGAUCCACGCAUGGAUAGGAGCACAGCCCAGACGCCCCCUGCUACGGCUGCCAUGGCUGCCACGGCUCUGCGGGGAACAGGCAGGUUGGGGUGAGGCUGUACCACCCGUCCUGCGCUCAGUAAUAAAGCGCCUGUGAACCCUC